UCGACCUCCGAUCAUGAAUGGGCCCAUGCACCCACGCCCCUUGGUAGCGCUGCUGGAUGGCAGGGACUGUACAGUAGAAAUGCCUAUUCUGAAGGAUGUAGCCACAGUGGCAUUUUGUGAUGCUCAGUCUACACAAGAAAUCCACGAAAAGGUACUAAAUGAAGCAGUGGGUGCACUGAUGUAUCACACUAUCACUUUAACACGAGAAGACCUGGAGAAAUUUAAAGCACUUCGAAUAAUUGUCCGAAUUGGCAGUGGUUUUGAUAAUAUUGACAUCAAAUCUGCCGGAGAUUUAGGGAUUGCAGUGUGCAAUGUGCCAGCUGCCUCAGUAGAAGAAACAGCAGAUUCUACCAUGUGCCACAUCCUGAACCUGUACAGGCGAACCACCUGGCUGCACCAGGCUCUGCGGGAAGGCACGAGAGUACAGAGCGUCGAGCAGAUUCGGGAAGUGGCUUCUGGAGCUGCCAGGAUCAGAGGGGAGACCUUGGGCAUUAUUGGGUUAGGGCGUGUUGGGCAAGCAGUAGCACUACGUGCCAAAGCCUUUGGCUUCAGUGUGAUUUUCUAUGACCCAUACCUCUCGGAUGGCAUGGAGCGUGCUCUGGGACUGCAGCGGGUGAGCACUUUGCAGGACCUGCUGUUCCACAGUGACUGUGUUACCCUGCACUGCAACUUGAAUGAACACAAUCAUCAUCUUAUUAAUGACUUCACCAUAAAGCAGAUGAGACAAGGGGCUUUCCUGGUCAACACAGCUCGAGGUGGGUUAGUAGACGAAAAAGCACUUGCACAGGCCCUGAAGGAAGGAAGGAUACGAGGGGCAGCCUUAGAUGUACAUGAGUCAGAACCAUUCAGCUUUAGCCAGGGCCCCUUGAAGGAUGCACCAAACCUGAUCUGUACCCCACAUGCAGCCUGGUACAGUGAACAAGCCUCGAUUGAGAUGCGGGAGGAAGCAGCACGAGAGAUCCGAAGGGCGAUCACAGGUCGUAUUCCAGACAGUCUGAAAAACUGUGUUAACAAAGAUCAUUUGACUGCAGCUACACAUUGGGCCAGCAUGGAUCCCGGCGUUGUCCAUCCAGAGCUUAAUGGUGCUGCAUACAGCAGGUAUCCCCCAGGCGUUGUAAGCGUGGCUUCGACUGGCAUACCUGCAGCAGUAGAAGGAAUAGUCCCCAACCCCAUGUCUUUAUCACACGGCCUCCCUGCUGUAGCCCACCCGCCCCAUGCUCCUUCCCCCGGCCAAACUGUCAAACCAGAAGCUGAUAGAGACCACCCGAGCGACCAAUUGUAGCCUACGAAAACAGCAUUCCCAACAUCAGAGAUUUCAACUUCAGCGUGUGGAAAAAAAAAAAAAGGCAAAACAAAACCCUGGAUUUUGAUUAAAGGCAAAACCAUGAACUUACAGGAGGAGACGAUUAUUGUUUUAGAAACUGGUCCAAUAUACAGUAUAAAAGGAAAAGGUGGGAGACAAAAAGAAGAUUUGGAAACAUUUUUUCCUCCGUAUAAAUUGUAGUUUGUCCCUGUCCAGUGGACUGAUUCACUGUUUCUGUGUCCUAUGGGUUCUUUGUUAAGCAAGAGAAGUUAGUAGUUAAUUAUAUCAUGAAUGUACUUGUCUGUGUACAGUUUUUAGAACAUUAAAAAGGGUUUGUUUGCUUAGCUGUCAAAGGAAAAACAUAAGGGAGGCAUUCAACAAACCAGUUUUGAGAUUAAAAAUCCUUUCUUUUAUAUUUUAAAACAUGCCCAAAAAUGAGGCAGUUGGCAAACUUCUCAGGACAAUGAAUUUUUCCCAUUUUUCUUUCUACGCCACACAGUGCAUUGUUUUUUCUACCUGCUUGUCUUAUUUUUUAGAAUAAUUUAGUAAACAAAAGAAAAACAGUUUCUCCUAAUUUUGGCAUGAAUUCCCUUAUUUCAAAAUGAAGAUAACCUUGCAAAGAGAUUUUGAGGAAAAAAAAAAGGUUUUGUAUAAACGAGCGUUGUGCUUUUUGUCACCAGUUAAAGUAUAUAUUAUUGGUGGUAUGCGAAAAAGGCACUAGACUACUGAAAAGUAGCAGCAUUUCAUUGCCUACAUUGAUUCCUUCCUGGUAAUGUGGUAGGCUAGCAAUAUUUUUGGUUAAAAACAUGUUUGUGACUGUAACCAUUUGUAUGAAUUAUUUUAAAGAAAUAAAAAUCCCAGACAAAUAUCAUAUGUGUAAAAAUUUUUAUUUCUAGUAACUGUUUAUUCAACUUUUAUUAGGUUUCUUAGCUGUAAUUUUUAAACAGAUGCUGUCAAGUAUUUCAUUUCUAGCUUUACUUUGCUCUCUGUUGUUUGUAAUACUGUCUUGGAAGCUUGAAAAAAAUAAAAAGAAAAGUAAUUCUUUCCAUACCA